AUGGGCGGUCGUCAAGGUGGUAAAGCUAAGCCUCUCAAGGCCCCCAAGAAGGCUUCCAAGGACCUCGAUGAGGACGAUAUUGCUUUCCAGGAGAAGCAAAAGAGGGAAGCCGCCGAGUUGAAGGCCUUGGCUGCCAAGGCUGGUGGCAAGGGCCCCAUGUCCGGUGGCGGUAUCAAGAAGUCCAAGAAGUAA